GAAACCGUUAUUUCUUGGAGUAUGUAGGUGGAAAAAUAACGACUUAAGGAGUGUCUGUAAGCCCAUUUUAUGGACUUUGGCUGUCAGUGACAGUAUACUGCUGCUGAAAGAUUGCUGAAACAGCUGAAGUCGCCUGGAAUAGCCAUGCACCCAACCUCCUGUCAUGAUUAAUUUCUGAGCCAAUCAAUAGCCUAAGAAGAUUGGAAAUAGGCGAAUGAGUGAGCGAGAGUCACCCGUGCAGAGCGAGGGAGAGAAAGAGAGGGAGAGAGAGCACCAGCCCAGCGAGGACAAACUUGCAAGAAGCAGAGCAUGCAGAAAAAGCUCCGCAAGACAACAGUGCAGCCGCUCGGCGGGGUUUGAAGCUACAGAGGCAGCAGAGCUUGUUGCGGAUUACAAUGAUUGCCACAACUCAACAAAACAUGACCACUGAGCUGGACCUGGGGAGUUCAGACGGUCCCCCACGGAACUGGAAGGGCAUAGGGAUUGCCAUGGUGGUGAUCCUGGCUGUUAUGUCUCUGGUCAUUCUCUCCGUCAUCCUCCUCACGCCUGAUGAAUCUCACUUGUUACUCCGUUCCCAUCUCACCAUGGAGGAUUUGGAGAGUGAUGAGUUCAAAGUUCAUGACCCCUGUGUGGCGUGGUUGAACGAAAAUGAAGUGGCUCUUCGCACCAGAGAGGGACACGUCCUGUCGUUCAGCCUCAACAGCAAUCUCACCUCAACUCUGGUGGACAACAGCUCCCUGGACCUGACCACCACUAAAUUCCAAGUGUCUGCAGACAAGAGGUUUGUCCUCUUGGCGUAUAACAUUCGACCGGUGUUCUCUCAGUCCUUCUCAGCCUCCUAUGCUAUCUACAAUGUGGCUAAUGGGGAGCUGCUGGAGCUGAACCCUCUGGAGAGGGAGAAGGCAGCGCUACAGUAUGCUUCCUGGGGGCCUCAGGGGAGCCAGCUGGCCUAUGUGUUUGACGGAGAUAUCUACUACAAGCCGAGUGUGACCAGCAAAGCCCUGCGUCUCACAACCACCGACCUGGAGCAGACUGUGGUGAACGGGCUCUCUGACUGGACUUAUGAAGAGGAAGUGCUCUUGACAUAUGUGGCUCACUGGUGGUCUGUGGACGGGGCCCGGCUGGCAUACCUAACCAUCAACAACUCUAACACACCUGUGAUGGAAAUACCUCACUUCUUGGGUGGCCUCUAUCCCUCCAACGUCCUUUUCCCCUACCCCAAGGCUGGCUCAAGUAUUCCAUCAGUCAGUCUGUUUGUGGUGAAUCUUUAUGGUCCAGCUCACACUCUGGAGAUGAUGCCUCCUGACUCCCUCAGGGCCAGAGACAGCUACAUCUCCAUGGUGACUUGGAUCAGCAGCACACGCCUCGCGGUUCGUUGGCUGAAUCGAGCCCAGAACCAAUCAGUGCUCUGCGUGUGCGAGGCCACCACAGGGGCCUGCUCGGAGAAGCACAAAAUGGCCAUGGACAUAAUGCAAAACCAACGACAGGAUGUGCCGCUGUUUUCAGCAGACGGCUCUGUGUUCUAUACAGUCCUGCCAGCGAAACAGGGCGCUCGUGGAGAGUUCCACCACAUCGCCGGCCUCUCAGCCCAGCCUGCCAUCCCCUCCGUCCCCCCUCGCUUCCUGACAUCGGGGAGCUGGGACGUCACCGUGCUCUGCGCCCUUGACGAGAAGGCUGGAAAAAUCUAUUUCCUGAGCACAGAGGAAUCCAGACAAAGCAGACACCUUUACAGUGUGGACCUGGAUGGAGUGUUUCAGCGCCGCUGCGUCUCCUGUAACCUCAUAGAUGGAUGUCGCUUCUUUAGAGCUGAAUUCAGCCCCAAUCAAACCCACUUCACCCUCUACUGUCUAGGCCCAGGAAUCCCUAAAGUGACGGUUCACAGUACAAAGGACCCCUCCAGAUACGUCGUAUUGGAGGAUAACAGCCCUCUGUCUAGAGCUCUGGAGGACAAGAGGCUCCCUGAGACUCUGUUCAGGACACUCCCAGCAGAAAACCAUGACCUACACCUGAAAUUAUCUCUACCUCAGGGUUACGAGGCCAACCUGCACCCUCUCCUCAUCAUUGUGGAUGGUGUGCCCGGCAGUCAGUCAGUGACAGAGGAAUUCGCCCUCGACUGGCCUCAGGUCCUCUCCGGCACACACAAUGUGGCCUUGGCCUGGGUGGACGGCAGGAGUGGGGUCGGACGUGGACAGAAGACCACUGCUGUGGAUUCACGCAAGCUUGGCUCAAUCAGAGUCAAAGAUUAUCUGGGAGUUGUAGAGUUGUUGAUGCAACUACCGUACAUUGACGAUCGCCGGAUGGUCCUCUACGGCAAGGCAUUUGGAGGUUAUUUAACUCUCAAGAUGUUAGCUGCAACAGAUAAGCUGUUUCAGUGCACGGCUGCCGUGGCACCAAUAACUGACUUCAGGCUUUAUAGUGCUGCAUUCUCAGAGAGGUAUCUAGGCCUUCCAGCAAAGGAGGAGCACGCUUACUCGACUGCCUCUUUGCUUGAGGAGGUUAACAAGCUGAAAGAUGAGAACUUCCUUAUUCUACAUGGAACCGCAGAUGCGAGAGUACACUUCCAGCACAGCGCUGAGCUCCUGAGCCGACUGGUGAAGGUUGAGGCCAACUACUCGCUGCAGCUGUACCCAGACGAGGGCCACGUCCUGAGAGAGCCGCGCAGCAUCCAGCACUUCCAGCGGACAGUAGUGAACUACCUCCAAACCUGCUUGAAGCACAGCAUCCUCAUAGAGCCCGUAGAGGACGACGAGGAAGAAGACGACUGAGCUCAGAGCCCCUUCCAUCCUUCUGGAGGGACUAUCUUUGGACUGUAUGCCAUCUUAUGCAUUACUUUGGGUCGGAUUACCAGGCACAAGAGCACAGGAGUGGGGACCAAACACAUCAGAUCACCUCCUGCAACUUCUGGAAAAAUUGAUGUACUGUAUACCUUGUUGCACAUGAUUAUUUCUGCUGUUAUACUGUAUAUUUAAGGCCCUGUUUGUUUACAAAAUCCACUUGAGAUGACGUGGACUAGAAGGCUACUGAUUCUGCCAAAGGUUUACAAAGAUUUUAAAAACAUGCAUGUCGUAAUGGCUGCAUGAUGUGGAUUAGUUUACAUUGCAUUCUCUGUGUUUCGCAGAUCUAAAUCUGGCCCAUCAGGGUUAAAAGUGCAAAAUCUGCCAACAGCCGGGAACCCACUGGACGACUUAAAAAACUCCCUAGGGACUGUUCUUUAUUUAUCAGAGGAGGAGGGUGGCUGGGGUGUGGCUUUGGUUUGUUUUUGGUCAAAUUUUAAAAGAGACAUGUAGAAAAAAGUGAUUUUUAAGAUGGAAGCCUUUGGGCUCAUUUAUGCUCAAUGUUAGUUACGGACACGAACGGAGCCUUCUGUCCGUACUCUGCUUUCAUUUCGUCCAUAUUUGUGCAUGAUUGCUUAAAGCUUACAGAUAUGGAUGAAACUGAGCUGUACGAUUGAAGAGUGUGGGGACAGUGUAGUGUCUUUAAAGCGAAAUAUAGUCUGGCUGGGCCGACUCUCACUUAAAGAUUGGAAAAAAAACGCCCCGGCUGCUUGUAUUUCUUUCAACCAAUCACAAUCGUUCUGGGCGGUGCCACAGUAAUGGUGCGCUUGCAAAAAUAUUGCGGGGGGGGCAGGUUUUGGUGUAACACGCCCACAAAAAUAUCGCCUACAGGACGCGAACCAUGGCAGAAAAAUGGCUACAUCCCCGCAAGACUAAACACCACAAAAGUUAGUAAAGGAUGUGUUGAAAACGGUUGAAAACUGCUACACAACCGGAGGUGGUAGGGCGGGACUUCAGCGUUCCACCCAAUGAGAGGCCGAUCUAUGCAGCGAACUUCCGCCCACUCAGACUAAGCGAAAUAUGACCAUAGGAGACCACGGAUACCUUUAAAAAAAAUGACGGAACAAAAUGAAUUGGUAAUACAGGGAAAAUAAUUCUCCGUCCACGUGUCGCAAUGUAUUUAAUGGCCUCACAGAUCACCGCCAUCUACGCCUCAACGCUGCCUCUGAAGCUACAUUAUCACCGUCGCCUCGUUUGUUAUUGUGAGAAACUUGUGACUCCGCCCUCUUGUUUCAUCUAUUGGCUACAUUUAUCCCAACACAAGGACGCAUGGACGUAUGAGGGCAGGGAAGUUUACAACAUUUAAAAUGAGUGUAUCUAUUUUCGUACAUAAAGGGAGCAUAAAUGAGCCAUUAGUCGCACAUGAUGUGUUCGAGGACCAUCAGAAUUUGAAAUCCAGUCAUAAUUUCUGUUUUUUUGUUUGUUUGCUUUGAUUCUCUUUUUAUUUAGUCAUUUCAGGGACCAGUCAGAAAGCAGAAAAUAACAUAAAAGUGUGUUUCAGUAUGUAAUACGGAGGCCAAAAUGGACUGAUAAAGUAAAUAUAAAUAUAGGUAUGAUCAUUUCUGUUUAUACAGUUUGUGGCUAUGAUAAAACUUAAUCCCUCCCCAGUGCUUAAAAAUUUAUUUGACACGCCUCCCCCAUUUUGCAACCCCCCUCCUCCCUCAGAAAAAAGAGCAGUCCCUUAACGAUACGACUAUGACACAUUUAACGACUGCAUAAAAUGCUUGAAAUUUUACAUACAGAUUUCUGAAUAAACCAGCACAGACCACAGGAUCUCUUUAAGCUUUAUGCAGAUUCCAGUCAUACAAAAUUUAACAACUGAUAAAAGACAUCUGAAUUCUAAUCCCCAAGACGUUAAAACUGGCCCUACUGCUCGCUGUUCUGGGCAGACUCCCCACCGUCUUUAAGAUGUCGUAAAAUCAGAGUCAUUUUGGGUAUUUUCCUCAGUGUGUUCCCGGCUCAAAUAAAGUUAAAUGAAGCAUAUGGAUCAUUCUAAAUGUGCCAAAUACAUUUUGUGGACUUUGUGGACCACUGGUUUUAUUAGCAUUACUUGCAUUAUGUGAUUAAGAAUGAGUAUGCAACUGUGACUAUUUACAACACAAGCUACGAAUGAAGGACCAUCACAAGAACGUCUACAUAGAUCUGUCUAUUUACUGUAUUUGGAAGACCAGUAUGUUUCUGUUUUGGUACAUCUCGGCAUUUCUUGUGUAUUGCAGAAUUAAAUUAUUUCUUUGGACAAAUUGUUGAGCCAUUGCAUUCCAGUCCGCAUAGAUAGGUGGGUUUGACCAUCAAACUGUCAGCCAAACCAUACUGGUAAACUGCAUGCAGUUGGUUUGGAAACGAAUGCCCUUGACUCUAGACGACCGGCUACUCCUUUUUUCCAACAAUCCUUGACAAUAAAGUUUGAACUUCUUGUUUUACAGCAAUAAUCUACCUUGGUUCCUUCACCAAUCAUCAAGACUGUAAUCUAACGGAGCCAUUUGGAGGGCUAAUUAUUAUCAUGGGGGAAAAAAUUAUGUGCCAACGCUUGGUAAAUACUGACUUUGAUCUCUGCGAAAGUACCGCUGUGGCAUUCAAUAUCAUCUGCUAUUACUGCUGUAAAUAGCUAUAAAGAUCAUGGCC